GGGGCAGGGAGUUAGUUGCCGCCUCUGGGUAACUGGACGCAGGCGGCCAAACCUCCGGAGGCCGGGGGAGGCAAGCGGGCCGGUAGCAGAUCCCGGAUCCGGAAUUUCCCGGGAAGGACCGGAAUCAGGAUCGGCCCUGCCCCAAACUGGGUUUAGUGAGGAACUCGCGAACUUGGAUUAGGAAAUCCCGGAAUCCGGAUCAACAGACCCCAGAACCCGGAAUUUAGAUCGGAAAGUCCCGGAGCACGGAGCGCGGAGCGAACUCAGCGCGGAGCCCGGAGUCCGGAUCGAGACAACGCCGGACGGGACGGAGCGAUGUCGGGCCGUGGCGCGGGCGGGUUCCCGCUGCCCCCGCUGAGCCCUGGCGGCGGCGCGGUUGCCGCGGCCCUGGGAGCGCCGCCUCCUCCAGCAGGACCCGGCAUGCUGCCCGGACCGGCGCUCAGGGGGCCCGGGCCGGCUGGAGGCGUGGGGGGCCCCGGGGCCGCCGCCUUCCGCCCCAUGGGCCCCGCGGGCCCCGCGGCGCAGUACCAGAGGCCUGGCAUGUCACCAGGGAGCCGGAUGCCCAUGGCUGGCUUGCAGGUGGGACCCCCUGCCGGCUCCCCAUUUGGCACAGCUGCUCCACUUCGACCUGGCAUGCCACCCACCAUGAUGGACCCAUUCCGGAAACGCCUGCUUGUGCCCCAGGCCCAGCCCCCGAUGCCUGCCCAGCGCCGGGGGUUAAAGAGGAGGAAAAUGGCAGAUAAAGUUCUACCUCAGCGAAUUCGGGAGCUUGUCCCAGAGUCUCAGGCGUACAUGGAUCUCUUGGCUUUUGAGCGGAAGCUGGACCAGACCAUUGCUCGCAAGCGGAUGGAGAUCCAGGAGGCCAUCAAAAAGCCUCUGACGCAAAAACGAAAGCUGCGGAUCUAUAUUUCUAAUACAUUCAGUCCCAGCAAGGCGGAAGGUGAUAGUGCAGGAACCGCAGGGACCCCAGGGGGAACACCCGCAGGGGACAAGGUGGCUUCCUGGGAACUCCGAGUAGAGGGAAAACUGCUGGAUGAUCCUAGUAAACAGAAGCGGAAGUUUUCUUCCUUCUUUAAGAGCCUCGUCAUUGAGCUGGACAAGGAACUGUACGGGCCUGACAACCACCUGGUGGAGUGGCACCGGAUGCCCACCACCCAGGAGACGGAUGGCUUCCAGGUGAAACGGCCUGGAGACCUCAACGUCAAGUGCACCCUCCUGCUCAUGCUGGAUCAUCAGCCUCCCCAGUACAAGUUGGACCCCCGCCUGGCGAGGCUGCUGGGGGUGCACACACAGACAAGGGCUGCCAUCAUGCAGGCCCUGUGGCUCUACAUCAAACACAAUCAGCUGCAGGACGGCCACGAGCGCGAGUACAUCAACUGCAACCGGUACUUCCGCCAGAUCUUCAGUUGUGGCCGACUCCGUUUCUCUGAGAUUCCCAUGAAGUUGGCCGGGUUGUUGCAGCAUCCAGACCCCAUUGUCAUCAACCAUGUCAUUAGCGUGGACCCUAACGACCAGAAGAAGACAGCCUGUUACGACAUUGAUGUGGAGGUGGACGACCCGCUUAAGGCCCAGAUGAGCAAUUUUCUGGCCUCUACCACCAACCAGCAGGAGAUUGCCUCCCUUGAUGUCAAGAUCCAUGAGACCAUCGAGUCCAUCAACCAGCUGAAGACCCAGAGGGAUUUCAUGCUCAGUUUUAGCACUGACCCCCAGGACUUCAUCCAGGAAUGGCUCCGUUCCCAGCGCCGGGACCUCAAGAUCAUCACGGAUGUGAUUGGGAAUCCUGAGGAGGAGAGACGAGCUGCUUUCUACCACCAGCCCUGGGCCCAGGAAGCAGUGGGGAGGCACAUCUUUGCCAAGGUGCAGCAGCGAAGGCAGGAACUGGAACAGGUGCUGGGAAUCCGCCUGACCUAACUGCUCAGGGAUCCCUUCUUCUCCCCAGCCCUGAAGCCACAACCUUCUCAGCCUGGAAGGGGACCACCCUCUGGGGCACAGACACAUAGGAUAAGGAGGGGGUGAGGGUGUCUCCCGUCACCCUCUGCUUCCCAGCUUUAGUUUCAUAAGUGUAGUGAUAGGAUUCCUUGUUGCUUGAUCCCCAAAGCCUUAUUACUUACACAUUGGCUUUAAUUGGGUUCACAACAGAGGCCUCCUCUGCCCCCCGCAGGCAGGCCCGAGUAGGACCUGGAGGCUGUGCUUUGACAUUGUAACCGAGACCUUUCAGAACCAAAGGCCCCUGGCUUUGCUUGUUUACAGACCCCCUUGGGACAAGUGUCAGCGCUGGCUCUGGGGAGCUGGGCGAGGAAGAGGGGCACAGCUCACACUCUUCCUAGCCUUUCCAAACCAAAGUUCUUUGCCAUUCCUACCAGCCCAGUCUUGCUGCUGGUUUUUUUUCCUUUCCUUUGGGUAUUUGCACUAUUCGUGGAGCAGGUUUUUCUAGGCGGGAGCCACUUUUUUUGUACAGGGGUGAGCUGGGGUUUUUCAGGGAGCCCUCCUUGGUGUCUCCUUCCUUAUUUUCUUUCCUCAGUCUAUGCAAGCGGCUCUGGCCGCCAUCAUCUCCUGGGAUGCCAGAGGGCUACCACCACCAUCCCCCCCCCGAGGGAGAACACACUGGUCCUCUGGAGUGGCCUGAGGCACGAGUGUGGGUGCUCGGUGGUGGAGGGCAGGGGGAGGUGAAGGGAAGAGGUGGGGAGGACUGUUGUUGCCCUUUGGAGCUUGGUAAGGAGGGUGGGCCUAGGGCUUGGCAAGUGCCACUUCUGGCAGGUUUGGAAAUUUCCAAAUAAAUUUUUGUUUAUUGAUG